UGCCCUCUGUUCCUCCGUCUUUUCUCUCGCUCUUCAGUGCCUCCAUGGGCCAUCAUCGCCAUCGCGAUCGUAGCCGUGGUCCUCAUUCUCACGUGCUGCUUCUGCAUCGUUAAAAAGACCUGCCUUAAGAAGAAAAAAGGCAAGAAGGGAAAGAAAGGCAAGGGAGACAUGGGAAUGAAGAACAUGAAGGGAGAGAAACAGGAAGAGGAUGACGAUGAAGAAGAUGUAGACAUGGCAAUAACUGAAGAGAAAGAGGAGGAACCGAAAGAGAAGGAGAAGCUUGGCAAACUUCAGUUCUCCCUAGACUACGACUUCUCUGACAACAAGCUGACAGUGGGCAUCCUGCAAGCCGCGGACCUGCUCUCCAUGGACAGCGGCGGCACCUCAGACCCGUACGUCAAAGUGUUCAUUCUCCCAGACAAGAAGAAGAAGUUUGACACCAAGGUUCACAAGAAAACCCUCAACCCCGUCUUCAACGAGACGUUUCACUUCAAGAUUCCGUUCACUGAAAUGGGAGGAAAGACUCUGGUCAUGUCUGUGUACGACUUCGACCGUUUCUCCAAGCACGAUGUGAUCGGUGAGGUGAAGAUACCCAUGAACACCCUGGACCUGGCACAACCCAUCGAGCAGUGGAGAGACCUGGACAGCGCAGAGAAAGAGGAGCCUGAAAAGCUCGGAGAUAUCUGCAUCUCUCUGCGCUAUGUACCUACAGCUGGAAAACUCACCAUCUGCAUCCUCGAGGCUAAGAACCUGAAAAAGAUGGAUGUUGGAGGACUCUCAGAUCCCUACGUGAAGAUUCACCUCCUGCAAAACGGCAAGCGGCUGAAGAAGAAGAAAACGACCGUGAAGAAGAACACACUGAACCCGUACUACAACGAGUCCUUCAGCUUCGAGAUCCCACAGGACCAGAUGCAGAAAAUACAAGCUGUGAUCACGGUGCUCGACUACGAUAAGAUCGGCAAGAACGACGCCAUCGGGAAGAUCUGGGUGGGCAGCAAAGCGCAGGGCACCGAGCUCCGGCACUGGUCCGACAUGCUGGCGAACCCACGCAGGCCCAUCGCUCAGUGGCAUCCUCUCAAACCCGAGGAGGAGGUGGAUGCCACGUUAGCAGCCCUCACUGCCAAGAAGUAAUCCUGCUCUUCUUCCUUCCCUCCCUCUCUCUCUCUCUCCUUUCCCUCCCCCUUUCAUUUCCUUCACUUUUCGACAUGCACAACACGUCAUCUUACCCAAUCAGCACUGAAUUACAGCCAUGGGCCGCCAGACUAGAGGUAUUAAAGAAGACCAGCUCCAACGAGAAAGCGUCUAAUGAGAGAGACUCUUCCCGCAGAUGUUCAGGCCGAGCUCGUAGGGGUGUAUAUCCUUGGGGUCCGUUCACAGAAGAGAUGUAAGCUCACAUUCACGACUAAAAAUAUCAUAAACAGCAUUCCAAAGUUUUCCAUCGGGGACCAGGGAUAAAAAAACACUGCCUCUUCCACUGCCUAAUUUAACACAUUCCUUCUAGAUUCUCUGGUCAUCUAGAUGAAAUCAGUUCUGUUGCUUUUGUCGAGUCUGAAAGGACAGUGAAGAAUUGUUUGUCAUUGUGAAUAAUUAAAUAAGUUAAUCAAAAAAAGUGGGAACGGGAGAGAUAGUUGGACUAGAUGCUCCUGCCCAGACAGAAGGAAUCUUUCAGGUGUCGAAUACACUGCCUGCAAAACAACCUCUUCUUCCAUUCUUCAGUUCCAGCCGGUCGGCUGGCUUCUUCCACUGCCCGACAUCCUAACAAACCCUGACAAAAAGGAGACAAGCCUUGAAACAUCGUGAAAUAAGCAAUUCGUAGCUGCCAGGGACGUCUUCCUGUUAGCAUCGGCGUAUUUGUUUCUUUGCUUUGAUUUCUUGUGGUAAAACGUAUUCUGCCUGAGCACUUUAAAUGAAGGUGUGUUUUUGUUCCAGUCAAUGCUUCGUUACUGUUACCUGCAGUUUUUGAUGUUCUGAAUCCUCUCCUUAAAGGAAUAGUUCGCGAAAAAACAAAAAUGAAGUCAUCAUUUGCUCACUUUUCUUUCUUACGGCGGCGGAAAACAAAAGGAGGAGUUCAAAAGAAUGUUCAUGCCGCUCUCUUCCAGCCCCGGCUAAUUCGUGCGACCUUUUGCCAAAUCGUUUAUAUUUGAUGAGUUGGGUUGCGAGUACGAAUCGCUCGCACCUAGCCCCGCCCCUAAAUCUAGACAAAUCGUAAAAAAAAAAAAAAAUCAUACAAGUGGGGUCGUACGAAUUUGUACGAUUUAGCCACCUCAUAAAAUACGUACGACUUGGUCAUGUGUCGUCUCUUCCAUACUAUGGAGGUGAAUGCUGACUAAGCUUAAAAAAUACAGUAUUUUCCAAAAAUCUCAGGAGAGAGCAGUGUGAACAUUCUUCGAAAUUUCUCCUUUUGUCUUCUACGGAAGAAAGAGGGAAUUUCAUACGGGUUUCGAAAAACAUGAGCGAACUAUUCCUUCGCUUUCGGUUUUCAUGUUAUUGUUUCACGAGAAGAGCUGAUUGAAGGCACUGUUACGUGUGUAUUUAACUGCACAUCUUACCAAACUGCUGAACUUAUUUGCACUACUGGAACUGCAUCCUGUACAUAUUGCUCUGUCGAUCUCGGUACACGCUUUUGUGACGGCGCAUUCUUGAGACGACUUGUCAGAGUUCGCAUUUGUUUAAAAAGGGAGCCUGUGUCAUUUGAAAGCUGCUUUAGGGCUUACCGUACGAGUCAUUGUGUGAGGAUGUGAGUCUCAGAAUAUCGUUUCGCUUAAGACCGACGCAGAGCUAAAUCUUUGCGCGUUUUAUCCUCAUAUUUCCCGGAGAAACUCUUUUGGCAAAGAUGAUACCUACUGAUAUGCGUUCGGUUAUGAAGUAGUUGGGAAAUGAAGCGAAAUUGCAAGCCUGAGUUGGAUCAAGAUUGUUGGAGCGUUAUUUAUUGAGUAGAGACUUUUCAUCCAGGCCAAAAACGACAUGUAGAGAGCCAAGAAUGGAUCUGAGGGAGACUUUGUUGUGUACAUGCCGUAACCCAAUAAAAACAAGUCGUUCUCGUGAGGAAACGUCACUUUAGCGGCUUUCAUCUCAUCACUGGAGCGUUACUCUACUCCCACACCGAGUCGGCAUUAAUGAAACGUCUGUCAUUGUAAAAAAAUUCGAAAACUGCACAAUAAAAGCGCAUCAGCUCAUGCUUUAUAUUCAAAGUCUGCAAAUCGCAUUAUAGACCGUUUUUGGCUUCAUCCGUUGAGUUAAAGUCAUUAGGUUCCAAAACAAGAUCGGACCCCUUUGCCUUUUAUUACAUGAGGGAAAAAAAAUUCUAAAUGUCUUUUUUUUGACAUACAAGUACAUAACGUAAUUUUCCAUUUUGAAUAUUGCCGUUUUGCGCCACUCGAACGAACGAAUGAAAAAAGCCGCUUCAGUGAGGUUUGCCGAACGAGGUUCCCACCGGAUAAAUGGAAGCUGCUCUUCUGACGGGCCGCGUUCAGUUGCAAUAACUCUGUGGUUGGAUUGAGAAACAGCGGGUACUUCCAUCUACAUUCACAGUGCAAGGUCAAACGAAUGUGUGCUUAGCGCUUAUCAGUCGUUUACGUGACAUCAUGCUUUCUUUCCCCUCUAGUAUCCGAUCGAAACCUUUUCUUUUUUUUUUCUUUCUUUGCCGUUACCGUCAUUUGUUCCGGUGCGAUCUCUUACACGGAUACGUCUCUUAUUUCAAAGGACUUUCACGAAAGGAAAAAAAAACCAAAAAACGCAAGCAACACCCCCCUUCCCGAACCCAUAGGCGUGUAGUUUGACCUAUAUAUGCAUAGUUCCUACUUUAUGAUACUGCAUGUUACAGUACAAAAAGAUGCGCAUGUUUCAGAGAUGAAGCAAAAAAAUAUAUUGUGUACCUAAGUAGGUGUUCUUUGUCAUUUUAAUAACAAAACGGAGGGGGUUAAAUACUGUGUAUAUUUUCUAAUCAAAUCAAAUAUGUAUUUAUUUUCUGUGAGUGGGUACUGGAGAGAAUAUGAAGUAUACUAGACUAAUCUUCAUUUUCAGAUUCAAUCCAUGCCUGGACAUCAUGAGCAAAUACUGUAUGUUAAGUGCUUCGUGUGAACUAAUAUAGAAUGAAAACGUAGCCGCAUGCUUGCCGUCUACUAAUAUUGUUAAGGAACAAAAUGAUGUAUUUAUUUAUUUAUUUAAAAUCAGUUAUUUCUAUUUAUUUUUCAGAGUAACGUUUGUAUGCGUCUUUGUCAGAAUCCGUUCGCAGGAAGUCAAAACUUCCCGCGGGGGGCUCCAAGUGGAUAUCCCCCCCCUCCUCCCAUCUUGUAGGAUCCUGUAAUCAGCAGAGUAUCUCUGUUGGAACUACGAUGUAAAGUUUCAGAAUCAUUAUAUUUAAAAGAAUUACACUUUAUUAUCUUUUUGGGUAUUUUUUCUUCAUCUUUUUCGCUGUCAGUGCCAACGAGAGAAGUCACGUUUACUGCCAUUUUAGCUGACUUUACGUCAUUCUUACGUGAUUUUUUCGGACCAACCGAUUUCUACCUUGGCAACAAAGUUGCCGGAGCACAAUACUAUCAAUCGCGUUAGAAAACUUGGAGUCCCCACUGUUUUCUAAAAAAAAAAAGCUUUUAUUUAAGAAUCUUUUACAUGAGAACAGCGUUUAACUAGCCAAUAAAUCGUAAGUUUGUGUGUGCGAGUGUGAAUAAGAUAAAGCCAUAAGACUUGAGCUAAAUCUUUGGAGCUCAGCUAUAUAGAUGUACUUAAGAUGAUCCCAAAACGUCUCCUUCCUUUCGUAGGCUGAUCAAUCUCCUCCACAUUCCACACAGUCUGUGAAGCUACGGGGCCACACUGUUUCCUAAGAUGUGCUAAGUUUAGCAUUAUUGGCAGUUCAACCUGAAAUAGUCAGUCUUUCGGUUAACAAUGUGUCGUCUUGAGGGGUUUUCUUUGAGUUUACGAUGAUUUCGGUGUAUGUUGGGUUUUAUAAUGCCUUGAUUUUACACAAAGUGUGCUAGGGACGUCUGGAUGAACUUCUACUGUACAUGUGGUCUUAGUUGUUGCCAUUCCACUAUGUACGUACACGCAUGCAUUUUUGGGCAAAGGGCAAUUCAAACCGUUCAUUUUUAUUAACAGUUCACAAGCCAGAGUUCAGUACGGGACAGAAGAUCAUUCGGAGCAGGAAUUCGGCUUAUCCGAGCAAUCAGCAUGGCGUGAGGUUUGAGUGCGAAUGCGUGCGAUUUUAAUAAUAAUGCAUAGGCCCUUUAAUAAGGAAUAAUCAUUUGUCGUGAGUUACUCGAGCACUGCCAUUCUGCCUCUACGGCAGCGUGCACAAUGAACAUUUAUUUGAAACAUUCCUGAUCGUAAACCACGGAGUCGUUACUUGCAAGCGAAGACAUUUGAGAGCAGUCCGAAAACUGCUGAUGGAGUCCGUCUCUAAGUUGCUCUCCAUGUAUAAAACCAGCUCGGUUAUCUUCGUAACUCUCUGUGACUGUUUUGUGUCAUACAAGUCAACGAGAAACCGCUCUAAAGCCCGUAACGGAGAUGUUCUCUUUAGUUUAGUUUCUUUCCGAAUGCUAGCUGAUGCCUUUAUGUCUGCUUGGGCGUGAUCACGUAGCAAAGUUCUGGGGAUAAAAGAAUCAAAAGCCUGCCAUUGUGUCUUUUUGAUUUGAUUCUUCUCUUGCACUUUUCAUUCUGCUUAUCUAGAGUUGUAAAACGCUCUUUUUUCUAUUUGUAUCUAUUUGUGAUGGGUUUCUUUUCUUUAGUCGGUGGGAGACUGUGAGGGCUCGUCCCUCAGGCUAUGUUUGUACCUGUUUCGGUGUUCUCGUGUGUGUGCGUGUGUUCAUGUCCGUAUUGUCGUGCCUAGUGUGGAUCAAUCGCAUGCUUUAGCCCUUGAUGGGACACUUUGAGAAAACGUUGCUCACAGACUCUUCCCACAACCCCCUAGUGGACAGUACAUGAGCAUCAGCAAUCCUUGUAAAGACGUCAAGGGAACCAAAUAGCUCUACAGAUUUACCAUGUGUGUUACCAGCUCUGUACUGAAACAAAUGAGAAAAUAAAGGCCUUUUAAUUACACUUAA